UCCUCACUCACUCAGCGCUAUCUGACGCUGUCCUUCUUCCUCACACACUCUCCUCUCGGAAUCUUCUCAGCUUUUCGCUCCACACAAAACAUGCAGGGAGGAGAGGAGGAGGAGAAAAGAAGAAACGCGUCGGAGGCGACAAGAGAGAGAGGAAGCAGAGAAAGUUGGUAGAGGAGCGAGAGGGCAAGGAGGAGAGGAGAGGGGUCGACCAGAUGGGAGGAAGGAAGGAAAGGAUCUCUCAGCGGGCUCAAGUGUGCGAUUAAAGGAUUCUGCAUAAAUAAACAAAUAUAUGAAUCAAAGCCUAUAAUAAUAAAAAAAAAAGAGCAGUAGGCGCGCCUCCGCGUUGCGUGGACGCGGACAAGACAGCUGCGGUGCGCGCUAAAAACAGUCAAAUCCUGUCUUUCUCUGUUUGGAUUUUACUCCUCAUGUUCUUCAAACUCUCGGCGAGGUUCACUAACUUUUGAGGUCAGUGUCUGAAAAACUUUCCCUCCCCUCGUCCUUUUUAAGUCACUGUCUCCCCGGAAAAGAAACCCCAGCUCCGGCGUGGAAGUGAAGGAAGGACGAGCGUUUUUUUGUUCCUUCCGAGGAGACCAGCUCGCCGUAGCCGGGGUUUAGGCGUUGGCACCCGGGCAGGGAGUCCCUCGCCAUGGCCGGGGCCAAGCCGGGAGUCCACGCGCUGCAGCUCAAACCCGUGUCCGUCCACGAAGCGCUGAAGAAGGGGGGCAAAUUCAUCAAAUGGGACGAGGAGCCCAACAGCGGGCCCCCCACCCUGGUAACCCUGAAAGUUGACCCAGAUGGAUUCUAUCUCUACUGGACUGGAGGAUCCAACCUGGAGGUGGAAAUUCUGGACAUAAACACUAUCAGGGACACCAGAACAGGAAAAUACGCCAAACUACCAAAGGACCCGAAGCUGCGGGACGUGCUGGGCUUUGGUAAGGGCGAUAACGCCGAAGGGAAGCUGGUAACCGUCGUCUAUGGCCACGACCUGGUCAACAUCUCCUACCUUAACUUCCAGGCUAUGCAGGAAGAUACAGCCAAGAUUUGGACAGAUGAGCUGUUCACUUUGGCUACAAACAUACUUUCCCAGAAUGCAUCGCGGCACACCUUCCUCAACAAAGCGUACACUAAGUUAAAGCUGCAGGUGAAUCAGGAUGGGAAGAUUCCUGUAAAGAAUAUUCUCAAGAUGUUUUCAGAUAAAAAGAGAGUAGAGACGGCUCUGGAGCAGUGUGGCCUCGUCAAUAACAGGGCAGAGGGAAUCAAGCCAGAUGAUUUCACGUGGGAGGCCUUCCAGAAGUUUCUCGACAGCCUCUGUCUCCGGCCUGAGAUACAAAGCAUCUUUGAGGAAAGUGGCUCCAAGAGGAAGCCAUUCAUCUCUUUGGACCAGUUGAUGGAUUUCAUUAACCGCAGGCAGCGAGACUCCAGACUGAACGAGGUGCUGUACCCCCCGCUGAAAAGAGAGCAGGUCCGACAGAUCAUGGAGAAAUAUGAGACCAACGCCAGCCAGCUGGAGAGAGACCAGAUCAGUUUGCAGGCGUUCAGUCGGUAUCUGGGAGGAGAGGAAAACAGCAUCGUACCUUCAGAGAGGCUGGAUAUCAUCGACGAUAUGAACCAACCGCUGUCUCACUACUUUAUCAACUCCUCGCACAACACAUACCUCACAGUGGGUCAGCUAACCGGUCUGUCGUCAGUGGAGAUGUACAGGCAGGUGCUGCUGACUGGCUGUCGCUGUAUAGAGCUGGACUGCUGGAAGGGCCGGCCGCAAGAUGAGGAGCCCUACAUCACCCACGGGUUCACCAUGACCACUGAGAUCCCCUUUAAGGAGGUGAUUGAGGCAAUAGCAGAGAGUGCUUUCAAGACCUCACCAUACCCCCUCAUCCUGUCCUUUGAAAACCACGUAGAUUCGGCCAAGCAGCAGGCCAAAAUGGCAGAGUACUGCAGGACCAUCUUUGGAGACGCCCUGCUCAUUGAUCCACUGGAGAAAUAUCCACUGGUCCCCGGUCAGCUCCUCCCCUCACCGCAGGAGAUGAUGGGGAAGAUUCUCAUCAAAAACAAGAAGAAGCACCACCACCACCGACCCUCGAGUAGUGGCAGCAUACGUCGCAGAGAGCUGGAGGGGCGCUCGUCACCCAACAACGACUGCCCUUUGACAGACAGCGAGGGAAGCCAGCUCCUGUCUAACGUGGAAGAGAAGCUGGCUGAGGGGAUGGUCAAAGACUCUGAGCCUCGCAAAUCCAUUGGAGGCGAGGGAGAAAGCGAGGAGGAUGAGGAGGACGAAACGGCGGCGGAGCUGAAAAAGCCGAACUCCGACGAGGGUACAGCCAGCAGUGAGGUGAACGCCACAGAGGAGAUGUCGACUCUCGUCAACUACAUUGAACCUGUCAAAUUCAAGAGUUUCGAGGUGGCAAACAAGAGGAGGAAGUUCUUUGAAAUGUCGUCCUUGGUGGAAACCAAAGGCAUGGACACCCUGAAGAGCUUCCCCAACGAGUUUGUCGAGUACAAUAAGAAUCAGCUGAGCCGAAUCUACCCUAAAGGAACAAGGGUGGACAGCUCCAACUACAUGCCUCAGCUCUUCUGGAAUGUCGGCUGCCAGAUGGUGGCGCUUAACUUCCAGACCCUAGACCUCCCUAUGCAGCUGAACAUGGGGGUGUUUGAGUACAACGGCCACAGCGGCUACCUGCUGAAACCUGAGUUCAUGAGAAGGACAGACAAACACUUUGACCCUUUCACAGAAAACAUAGUGGACGGGAUAGUCGCCAAUACUGUCAAAAUUAAGGUGAUCUCAGGCCAGUUUCUGUCAGAUAAAAAGGUUGGCGUGUACGUGGAAGUGGACAUGUUUGGACUUCCUGCUGAUACAAAGAGGAAGUACAGAACCAAAACAUCCAAUGGGAACUCGCUGGACCCCGUGUGGGAUGAUGAAAUGUUUGUGUUUAAUAAGGUGGUCCUCCCCACACUGGCCUCUCUGAGGAUAGCGGUGUUUGAAGAAAACGGAAAGUUUAUUGGACACAGGAUCCUCCCUGUGUCUGCCAUCAGACCUGGCUACCACUACAUCAACCUGAAAAAUGAGCUGAACCAGCCCCUCCUCCUGCCCUCUCUGCUGGUUUACACUGAAGCUCAGGACUACAUCCCUAAUGAACACCAGGAGUACGCAGAGGCUCUGACCAACCCCAUAAAGCACAUCAGUCAGUUGCACAAGAGAGAGACACAGCUGGCUGUUCUCUUAGAGGACAGCAGUGAGCAUGUUCCCAACCAGCCGAAAGAGAGAGAGACCAAGGGAGAGUGUGAAGUCAAUUCAGGAAGUCGACUCCCCUCCUCCUUCCACACGCUCCCCCCCUGCUCAUUGGAUGAAGCCCCUGACAUCAUCAAAUUACCUACACCGGCACAAAGUCAGAAGGAAGACCUCAUAAUCACUGUUCUGGCAGAUGUCCAGGCCCAGUCUAUAGAGGAGUUGAAGCAGCAGAAGAGCUAUUCAAAGCUACUAAAAAACCAGAGCAAAGAUCUCAAAGAGAUGCGAAAGAAACACCUCAAGAAGGUGUGGAAUCUAAGUAAGGAGCAGAAGAGUCGGACUAGCAAGCUUCAAUCUGACACCCAGAGGAGACGAAGUCAGAUGGAAAAACACCUUAAAUCUAGCAUCAAGAAAAACGAGCCCCAUGAGCCGGUGCAGCAUGAGCUGUCAAAGUUGGACCAGGAGCUUGAGAAGCAGACGGUCCAGCUGAGGGAAUGGCAGAUGCAAGAACUGCUGAAGCUCCGACAGGACCUUCACUUACUGGAGAGAGAGAAGCAACAAACACACCUGCAGGAGGCCUUCCUGAAGUUAAAGGAGACGGCCGUUGAAUGCCAAGCAGCUCAGCUGAAGAAGCUGAAGGAGACAUGUGAGAAGGAGAAGAAGGAGCUCCAGAGGAUUCUGAACAGGAAGCGACUAAACAGCAUCAGCGAAGCCAAGACCCGCGACAAAGACAAGGCUGAAACGGAGCUGAUUGAGAUCAACAGGAAACAUAUUCAAGAUUCUGUCGCCUUAAUCCGCAGGCUGGAGCAGGCUCAGACCAGGAGACAGGACGAUCUGAUGCUGAAGCACCGGGAGGUGCUGCAACACGUAGAUGAUGAACUUCCACAGCUCAAGUCUCAGUUGAAGAGGGAACUAGAUCAGGAGUAUCGGGGACUACAGGAGGAAAUCUGCCAGCACCUUCAGUUGGAGCUCCAGAACAAAGGACUCCGAAAAGACGCCCUGUUCUCGCACUUGUCCAACAGCAGCCCCAGCUCCAGCUCGGGUCCGCCCUCCAACUGCUCCACACCCUCUUACCCGUCAACGCCCAAUCGGAGCCCCUGGAACAGGAGCAUGGACAAUAGCACUGCGUCAUUGGCCGAUUCCACUUCCUCGUCCACCACUCCCGUCCUGUCGGAGGCGGAGAUGUCGUUAUAAUAAUACAGACAAACGGAAAUACAUACAUUUAACUGGGGUCUAUAAUGAUUAUAAUGUGGGAUAGUAAUGAUAUUAAUUAUUUACUAAUUUUAUUCCUUUUUUAUUACAGACUGUUUUGUUCUUGUCUACAGAGCUAUAUUAUUUUUAUUUGCUGUUUUUGUCAGAUGUACAUCAUGCCUAUUGUUGGAAGAUUUAAUAACGAUCAUAACCAAACUUUUAAAUUUUUUUACAUUUUUUUUUACAUUUUCUUGUCUCUUUGUCUUGCUUUUAAUGUUGUAUCCUUUGAUACAUUUUUCUUAGCAUCAUUUCCAUUUUUGUCUGGUCAGUAAGCUCUGCUGUGGUUUUAGUUUUUUUGCUAUAGCUUUCUGUUUGUAACAGCUUUAACCUUUUUAUUGACACUUCUGAAAGCUUUAAAUUGUGUAGAGAGGAGUAGUAAACGGCUGCCUUUAUUCAGGAAAACUUUAUAACAUACAUACAGUUGGCCCAAGUGAUUGCCAUAGUGGUAAGAAAAAGAAAAACAUUUUUGAUAUUUUGUUUGUAGCAACGUUAGACCAACAGGAUUGCUUCAUAAUGGCCUCAUGUA